AUGACUGAGGGUCUGGACGGUAAGUGGAAGUGCAAUGUUUGUCAUUCAAUGGCGACCGCAAGUGGUGAUUCCAUAUCUGGAGGAACCAACACUACCUCACGGUCAACACGGCUCCAGUUACAACUCAUGCGACUGGAGGAAGAGAAAAGGGCACAGGAGAAACUAAUUCUAGAGCAGCAGGAGCAGGAUCGUAUUCGCCAGGAGAAAGCUCUAGAAGCCAAAGCAGCACUUGAUAGAAGGUAUCUAGACGAGAAGUAUGCUCUGCUAGUUGCCGAAGUAGAGGAGGAGGAAGCUGGAAGUCAUAGAAGUCGCCGUAGUCGAGUUAGCCGACGCAGCCAUGUGCAAGAAUGGAUUGAAGGAUUAGACGAAGCUGCUGGUGGAAACCCAGUGCCGGUUAACGUUGAUAAGAUUUUGCCACCGAUUACUUUUGGCACUGGACUAUUUGCGCCUAGCGGAGGUAUGUUAUCGAGAUACACUGGAACAGUGCAUAAAAAACCAGGAAACCAAGUGGCUAGUAGUAGAGACAAAUUUCCACUGUUCAGUGAUUUAGUCGCCGACAAUGUUGGUACUGUGGAUAUGGAUCCGAUCACUGCUUCGACUCCAGUUCGAUCGAUUGAUGAAUGUCGUUCAACAGCAUUACCUAACUCGCUUCCACCAGUAAGCGAAUCAUCAUUAUUGCCGUCAAAUGUCGUGCAACUUACAAAUCUGGAUGACGAAUCGGCCCGAUCUACUACAGCACAACCACCAAAAGCGUUCCAAACACAAGUAUCGCAGUCGUCGCUGUCUCCACCGGUACCACAAGCGUCUCAAGUGGCAUCUAUCCAUUCUUCGAAUCAACAACUAUCGUGUGCACAACGACCUUGCGCGGUGCAGUCAGUAAUCGGACCAUCGUACCGACAACCGCAUUUAUCGAGGUCUGGUAUAUGUGACCAGCUAGAAGAUCGAUCAUUGCCCCCAUCUGUGUUGCGCGCAGAAGAAUCAUAUACACCACCACCACCACCAUCACCGCAACCGCCCGGUUCGGUUGUCUCAUCAGCGCUAGCGCAUCGACCAUGGUCAUCGCAUCCGUCACAACAGCAACAGUCUCAACCAUACGUCAAUCAGCUGCAACAGCUACAGACUCAGCAGGCGUCGUGGGGGCAAUUCCAACAGCAAUUGUCUGCUAGGCAGGUUGUACCCAAGGAGCUGCCAAUUUUCAAUGGUUGCCCUGAGGAAUGGCCGCUUUUUAUAAGCAGUUUUCGAAACUCCACCACAAUGUGUGGGUAUUCUCAAGCAGAAAACUUAAUGCGACUGCAAAAAUGCCUCAAGGGCAAAGCAUUGGAGUCCGUUCGGAGCAACCUUCUGCUACCUUCAUCGGUCCCGAAAGUAAUGGAAACAUUGGAAUCUUUGUUCGGGAGCCCAGAGCGACUAGUACAGUCACUGCUCGUAAAGGUACGAAGUGUCCCCACCCCGAAAGCGGAGCGACUUGAGACGCUUGUUAAUUUUGGUCUCGUCGUUCAGAACCUCGUUGGUCAUCUGAUGGCAGCAAAUCAGCAAGCACAUCUAACAAACCCAACCCUUCUUCAGGAGCUCGUAGACAAACUGCCACCAAAUAUUCGGCUCGAUUGGGCAUUGUACAAAAGAAACGUAGGACUGGUUGAUUUGGGAACAUUUUGCGAGUAUAUGAGUGCAAUUACAUCCGCCGCGAGCGACGUAGCUCACUUCAGCGACUUCGACGGAGCUAGGAUCGGUGGAGCAGAGAAGCCAAAAAGAGAGAAAGCGUUCAUCCACAGUCACGCGAUUGUUGAACCGCGAAAAUUCGUUCAGCAGGGAAGGAAAGCGGACACCCAAGGAAAGCCUUGUUACAUCUGUCAGAGUGUGAAACACCGAAUCAAGGACUGCAACAAAUUUAAAUCUUUGAGUCUGAGAGAUCGUUUGAAAGCCGUGGAAACAUACCAACUUUGUAACAGUUGUCUGGUGCCGCACGGACGAUGGUCCUGCAAGUCAACUCGUACCUGUGGAAUCGCAGAUUGCACUAUGAGACAUCAUCCAUCUUUGCACCCAUACCAAGCAUACGCCGUUAAACCAACAACAUCCGAAAGCACUGACUCAGAAUCAAAAUUACGUACCGUCGUCAACAUUCACAAUCGAAGUCGAAGCACUACGAUAUUCCGAAUAAUCCCAGUAGUAUUGAACGGUAAAGGAGUUCAAAUAUCAACCUUCGCCUUCCUAGAUGAAGGAUCAUCAUCAACAUUGAUCGAUAAAGAACUGGCAGAUCUGCUGAAUUUGGAAGGAAAAUUGCAACCUCUAUGUUUGACCUGGACAGCGAAAGUUACGCGACAUGAAGCCAAUUCUCGCCAGGUUGAUUUGAAAAUAUCAGGAACACAAAGCGGAAGAACCUUCGCCUUAACAGAUGUUAGCACGGUAAGCCGGUUGGAUCUUCCAAUUCAGUCUCUACGGUACGCAGAGCUGUCAUCACAGUUUCCAUAUUUGACUAAACUACCGAUCGAAAGUUACGAAGAAGCGAUUCCACGAAUCCUAAUUGGUCUAGACAACAUUAAAUUGUCCCUGCCUCUCAAGACACGGGAAGGAGGAUCGGAUGGACCUGUUGCAGCGAAAACGAGAUUGGGAUGGUCACUGUUUGGUAAUACCGGUGGAUCGAAGCUGGAUAAAAUGUUUCCAAUUUUGCACAUCUGCAAAAACGCUGAGGAAAGCGACAUACACGACCUUGUGAAAGGAUAUUUCGCGAUGGAGAACCUUGGAGUAUCCGUCACAUGCGGUCCAGAGGCAGAAGAGGACCGGAGAGCGAGAGAAAUUUUGCAGCGAACGAUGAUCAGAUGUACAGACGGUCACUACGAAACCGGGUUAUUGUGGCGCUAUGAUGUAGUUGAACUGCCGGCUAGUUUCAGCAUGGCCGAACGGCGUUUAGUUUGCCUUGAGCGCAAAUUGCGGAAAUAUCCGGAGUUAAAAAUGAGCUUGGAGAAACAGAUAUCUGAAUACCAGAGCAAAGGAUAUGCUCACAAAGCGACGUCGAAGGAGCUGCAGGAUAGUAAUCCGAAUCGAAUCUGGUAUCUCCCAUUGGGAGUAGUCACAAAUCCACGCAAGCCCGGAAAAGUGCGCAUUAUCUGGGACGCUGCAGCCAAAGUGAAAGGAGUAUCUCUUAACGACAUGUUGCUGAAGGGCCCGGACUUGCUAACUUCCUUACCAUCGGUCUUAUGUCGUUUUCGCCAACGGAAGAUAGCGAUAGCGGGUGACAUCCGCGAGAUGUAUCACCAGUUGAAGAUUCGAAGUGAGGAUCGACAAGUUCAACGGUUUCUUUACAGAAGCGAUCCAACCAGUAAUCCCGACGUUUACGUCAUGGACGUAGCCAUUUUUGGAUCGACUUGUUCGCCUUGUUCAGCAAACUACGUAAAAAACACGAACGCAAUGCAAUGGAAAGACCAAUUUCCAGAAGCAGCAAAGGCGGUAGUUGAGAACCACUAUGUAGACGAUUUUUUGGAUAGUCGAGACACCGAAGAACAAAUGGCUAAAUUGGCAGAGGAAGUACGGAAAAUUCAAGAAAAAGCUGGAUUCGACAUACGACGUUGGUGUUCGAAUUCGAAGAAGGUGCUACAAGCAUUGGGAGAAGACGCUAUGGAAACGAUGAAGGACUUCAGUGUCGACAAAGAUAAGCAAGUGGAACGUGUCUUGGGAAUGGCCUGGGUAUCAGACGAGGACGUCUUCGUAUACUCUGUGAAUAUACCAAACGAACUGGAUGGUUCGGAGUCAUCGAGAGCCGUAACAACUAAGCGAAGUAUUCUCAAAUUUGUUAUGAGCGUAUUUGAUCCACUCGGAUUAAUAUCAAACGUGCUCAUCCAUGGUAAAAUGAUUAUUCAAGAUCUUUGGAGGGUUCAACUUGGAUGGGAUGAAGCUAUUCCAGUAAAUAUUCUCGAACUUUGGAUACGCUGGAUCGAACAAAUCUCGAAACUGAAUCAGAUUCGUAUUCCGCGUUGCUAUUUUCCGGAAUAUGAUCACGAAAGUUUUCAAACAUUGCAACUCCAUGUUUUUGUUGAUGCAAGUGAAUCAGCAUUUGUCUGUGUCGCUUACUUCCGGAUAAUCGAUCGUGGACAGCCCCGGUGCUCUUUGGUAGCAUCAAAAGCUAAAGUGGCCCCGUUGAAGCCACUGUCAAUCCCCAGGUUGGAGCUGCAAGCGGCAGUUAUCGGAAGCCGUCUAGCCAAAUCCGUAGUUGAGUACCAUACAAUUCCGGUGAGUCGCAGAUUCCUGUGGAGUGAUUCUAAAACAGUCCUCUCCUGGAUCAAUUCUGAUGCUAGGAAGUAUCGUCAGUAUGUAGCGGUACGAAUCGGGGAAAUUCUAGAGGAAACGCAGCCUGAAGAGUGGAACUGGGUUCCCACCAAACUCAACGUGGCUGAUGAGGCUACAAAAUGGGGAAAGGGGGCUACCGUUCAUCCAGAAAGCCGAUGGUUGAAGGGGCCUGAUUUUCUUCUCCAGCUGGAAAAAGACUGGCCACAGGCAUAUGUGCCACUGCAAAAUACCGAGGAGGAAUUACGUGCAAUUCACUUGCAUCGAACAGUGUUAUUGCGGCCUUACAUCGACUAUAACCGGUUCUCCAAGUGGGAAAGAAUUUUGCGAAGUACAGGGUAUAUUUACUCUUUCAUGGACCAUCUCUCCAAAUUGAGAAACCAGGGAUCAACACAAGCGCCGCAUGGAUUGACACGAGAAAACUUAGUUCAAGCGGAAAGAGCACUGUGGCGCCUUGCACAAGAGGAAGUAUAUUCAGACGAAAUAGCGGUUCUACGACACCCGCAUAGAUCCGAUAGCAGCAAGCAGUCAAUCGUUGGGAAAAGCAGCGCACUUCGACAACUAUCACCGUUUCUGGAUCAGUUCGGAGUGGUUCGUAUGCAGGGUCGGACUGAAGCAUCACCUACUGCCACAUAUGACGCAAACGAACUGGACGGACUGGACGUACUGGACGGACUGGACGGACUGGACGGACUGGACGGAAUAGACGGACUGGAAGAACUUGUUGUGACGGAUCCGGACUUCGAACACCAGAACACCAGAGCUUGA